AGCGAGGCAGCAGGACAAUGCAAAGCCGCUGAUGCCUCGUUAAAUGAGACAACACUCCUUUUCUCUUUAGGGCUGUAGUGUAGUAGUGUAGAAGGGAGGCAAAAUGUUUGCCCAUUUAAUUUGGGUUUUCUGUUUGACUCUGGGUUGUCUCCCUCUGGUUUGGAGUUCUUGCCCAUCUCAGUGUAGCUGCUUUUAUCACAAACUGAGUGAUGGAUCCAAGGCCAGGAGUGUUCUUUGCAACGACCCAGAGAUCUCACUGAUACCCGCCAAUUUUCCUGCGGAUACCUCCAAACUUCGAAUUGAGAAGACGGCAAUAAGGCGGAUUUCAAGCGAAACGUUUCGUUACCUCAACAAUCUGGAAUUUCUUUGGAUGUCUUUCAAUUCUCUGUCGUCUUUAAAUGUGGACAGUUUCCGUGGUUUGUACAGCCUUGACGAACUGAGACUGGAUGGCAAUGCCCUCACCUCUUUCCCCUGGGAAUCUCUGAACGACAUGCCCAGUCUGAGGCUCCUCGACCUACACAAUAACCAAAUUACAUCAAUCCCGAGUGAAGCCACGAUUUACAUGAAAAAUCUAACCUACCUGGAUUUAUCGAGCAACAACCUGGUGACCGUUCCAGCAGAGGUUCUCUCGACGUGGUUAGCUGUAAAGCCCACUCAAGAUACGGAGAAUCCAAAACUGAUUCUUGGUCUCCAUGACAACCCCUGGGUUUGCGACUGCCGGUUGUAUGACCUGGUCCAGUUCCAGAAGUCGCCCUCGUCCUCAGUGGCCUUCAUAGACACCAGGCUGAGGUGCUCUGAUCCGGAGAGCCUGGCAGGGGUCCUGCUCGGCGACGCCGAGCUGCGGAGGUGCCAGGGGCCCCGGGUCCACACGGCGGUGGCCCGUGUCAGGACCGCCGUGGGCAACAGCGUCCUGCUGCGCUGCGGGACCAUCGGGGUCCCCAUCCCCGAGCUCUCCUGGAGGAGAGCAGAUGGCAGACAGAUGAACAGCACAGUUCUGCAAGAAGUGUCAAAGGAGGGAAUUGUUUGGUCCAUUUUAAACGUCCCGGCUGUAUCUCAUUCUGACUCCGGCAAAUAUAUCUGUCGAGCGACCAAUUUCAUUGGCAGUGCGGAUGCUAUGAUUUCACUGGUCAUAACGGAUGCUGUGAAGUCAGAGAACCUAACGGGCGGCUCUAAAAAAUCCAGGGGGAAGAAGCCAACCGGGAUUGGUAAGGCAGCCUAUCAGGAAAAGCUGGUUGCUAGGUAUAUUGCCCCGACAACCACUGUGGUUGUGCCUAUCAUCGAACCGUUAGGCGAGGCGGGGCCGUUUCCGGAAGUAGAGAGCUACAGCGUGUCCGACAGUGGUGCUGCAAGCGGACAGACGGCCAAUCCGUCCGACGGGGACAGCCUGCUGGAGGUGGAGAGGGCCGUGCUGGGCAACCUGGCCGCGAACGCCUCCUCCCUGCAGCAGGACCCGGAGCGGAGGGUGGUCAGGUCGGUCAAAGUGAUCGGCGACACCGACCACACGGUCUCCCUGAACUGGAGGGCGCCUCUGGCCACCAACACCACGGCGUUCAGCGUGCUGUACGCCGUCUUCGGGGAGAGGGACAUGCGCCGGAUCAACGUCGACCCGGGCAAAAACAGAAUCACCAUAGAGGGCCUGGUGCCAAAGACAAAGUACAUCGCCUGCGUGUGCGUCAAAGGGCUGAUCCCGAAAAAGGAGCAGUGCGUAAUCUUCUCAACAGAUGAGGCGGCUAGCGCAAGCGGGACACAGAAGCUCAUUAAUGUGGUGGUGAUCACCGUCGCCUGUGUCAUCGCCGUCCCCCUGACUCUCAUCGUCUGCUGCGGGGCCCUGAAGAGACGCUGUCAGAAACUCCUGGGGAGAAAGUCGAAGGACAUCCAGGACUCCUACGUCACGUUUGAGACGCUGUCCCCGGGGACGAAGGCCAAGGGCCUGGAGGGCGAGUACCUGACGAGGUUAAACCCGGACGAGUCCAACCGGCUUCUCUCGGCCAGGUCCAGCGUCGACUCGGAGGCCACCGCCAGGACGGAGGGCCAGCCCAACGAGUACUUCUGCUAGCGGUCCGGAACAUUCCGGCGGAACCUCGGGAGGAGCCCCUCGCCCGCCCAGUGCAGCUAUGUUAGCAGGACUGCAGGGGGCAGCAGUGACACUGUAGGCGAGGCAACAGUGAAUUAAUUAACGGAACAGGGAAAUGUCAGGCGCAUGUCUUCGGAGAUGAAAAUUUUCUGCCCUUGCUGAACGCGCCCUUGGCCAUUGCAGUCACACCUCUGUCUCACAGGCUCCUGCAUUCACAACUGAGGCUGUUCAGCAGAGGGUGAAGAUGCAGCCUCAGCAAAAACACAAAAUCCCUCUGGCCAUUUAAUAAACACUGCUGCUGGAAACUGUUAAAAAGGGAAUACUGUUUUAACUGUACACAUAACACUUGUCAGUGCACAAUACAUAAAAUUAUAUUCCAAUUUUUUAUGCACUUUUAGCACACACAUAUGUAUUUGUGUGUGUACUGUAUGUCUGUAUGUCUGUCCGCUGUUGUACUGUUUAGAAAUUAUGAAACCCAUUUUUCUGUGGUUAUGAAGGAGAAUAGUGAGCCAGACAAGACACAUCUAUGGUAAUGCAGGUUCAUCAAGGAAUACAAAAGGAAGCAUUGGUGCGGAUUCAUUAGAUGAGGAAAUAAAUCAUGUAUAUCGCAUAAUCCCACGUUUAACUGUGUACAAUGUCAGUUAAUGUGUCAGGUGUAAUAACUUCUGCUAUAAACAUUAAAGAAAUUUUAAAGGUUGUAUAUAUUGUAUAUUGCAUGUAUUUAAUUUCCAAGAUGUGUGGUUAUUCAAAUGUGUGAAAAAUAAAUCCUUUUUGAUA